AUGGCCGCCGCGUUGGAGGAAACACCUGUGUCGUAUGAAGACCUGGCCGAUAUCGAGAGGGAAUUCGAUGAUGUUGAGACUGAGAUCAUCCGCCAACAAGUCCAACUCACAACUCCCCUCUACGAACGACGGUCCAAAACCGUAUCCCAAAUCCCCAACUUCUGGCCUCUGGUCCUCGAACAAGCUCCCUCAGACAUAGACCAAUACAUCCAACCGUCCGACUCGGCGCUUCUCCUCUCCUCUCUAACCUCACUAUCCGUCUCACACUUCGAAAUCCAAACCGAGAAGCCCGAUAAAUGCAUAUCUCGAGACCCGCGAUCCGUGUCAAUACGCUUUGAAUUCGCCGAGAACGAAUACUUUGAGAACAAAGUCCUCGAGAAGAAAUUCUGGUACAGACGGAGCAAAGACGGCUGGUCAGGCCUGGUCUCGGAACCCGUGCCUAUAAAAUGGAAGAAAGACCGCGACCUCACCGGCGGAUUACUCGACAUGGUCGUCAAAGCGUGGGAAGUUGCACGAUCUUCUCCUCCCGCUCUCACGAAGACAAAUAAGGGCGAGUUGACGCCCGAGCAAAAGGCGCUGAAGAAGAAGAUCGAGAAUACGGGUAUGGGAGGCCUGAGUUUCUUCGCCUGGUUCGGCUUCAUAGGACGGCACGUCUCGGCGGAAGAGAGCGCGCAGGCUACGGCGCUGGAGAGGGAGAAGAGGAGUAAACGGGGUAGAUCACAUACGAGCGAUAGCAGCGAGGAGGAGGAAGACGACGAGGAGGAUGAUGAUUUAGGCAUGAGUUUGGAGAUCUUUCCCGAUGGCGAUGACCUCGCUGUUGCGUUUACGGACGAUCUGUGGCCGGGUGCUAUUAAGUAUUUCACACAAGCACAAGAACAAGACGCCCUCUCAGACGCCGACUUCGAAUCCGACGACGACGACGACGACGACGAAGCCGACGAACCGGCCUUCAACUCCGGUGCUGAAACUGAAGAAGAAAACGGCGGUCGCCCGACGAAGAAAAGGAGGUCUGAAUAA